AUGACACAUGAGAAUUUGGAGUAUCAGAACAUUUUCAUUACAAACGCAUUUUUAAUAGUUCACCAGAUGAUUCCUAAAGAAGAGAAACCAUUUGUGGAGAGCUUAAAACAUGAGACACAUCUUACUGAACACCAGGGGAGUACUACAGGAGAUAAACCAUAUAAGUGCUCUGAAUGUGACAAGAGUUUUUCAUAUAAAGCAAAAAUGUUUCAACACCAGAUGAGUCACACUGGAGAGAAGCCAUUUAAGUGCUCUGAAUGUGAAAUGGGUUUUACAUUGAAGGCAAAUCUUAUGAGACACCAAAGGAUCCACACUGGAGAGAAACCAUUUACAUGUUCAGAAUGUGGAAAGGGUUUUACAUUGAAGGCACAUCUUACUCAACACCAAAUGAAUCAUACUGGAGAGAAGCCAUUUAAGUGCCCUGAAUGUGAAAAGGGUUUUACAGCGAAGGCAAGUCUUAUGAGACACCAAAGGAUCCACACUGGAGAUAAACCAUUUAAAUGCUCAGAAUGUGACAAGAGCUUCACAGAAAGGAAAACUCUUGUUGCACAUCAGAGGUUCCACACUGGAGAGAAGCCAUUUAAGUGCUCUGAAUGUGAAAAGGGUUUUACAUCGAAGGAAUACCUUAUGAUACACCAGAGGACUCACACUGGAGAGAAACCAUUUAAAUGCUCAGAAUGUGACAAGAGCUUCACAGAAAGGAAAAAUCUUGUUGCACAUCAGAGGUUCCACACUGGAGAGAAUCUGUUUUUUUGUUCAGAAUGUGACAAAUGUUUCACCAGGAAAGUUCAGCUCAUUGUUCACCAGAGAACUCACACUGGAGAGAAACCCUUUAAAUGCUCAGAAUGUGACAAGAGCUUCACACGAAAGGGAACUCUUGUUGAGCACCAGAAAACCCAUACAGGAGAGACGCUAUUUAGAUGUUUAGAAUGUGACAAGUGCUCUGAAUGUGAACAGGGUUUUACAUCAAAGGAAAAUCUUAUUGAACACCAUACGAAUCACACUGGAGAGAAACCAUUUAAGUGCACAGAAUGUUAUAAGAGCUUCAUAACUAAAGAAAGUCUUGUUGAACAUCAGAGGUUGCACACAGGAGAGAGACCAUACAGGUGUUCAGAAUGUGACAAGCGCUUCUCACAAAAGAGCAAACUUAAGGCACAUCAGAGGAUCCACACAGGAGAGAAACCACACAGGUGUUCAGAAUGUGACAGAUGUUUCAGGUUAAAGACGCAGCUUACUGGUCACUUAAGGACUCACACUGGAGAGAAACCAUUUAAAUGCCCAGUUUGUGACAAGGGCUUCGCACAAAAGGUAAAUCUUAUUAGUCACCAGAAGAUCCACCAUUGA